AUGUCUGCUUUUGUUUUAAGAUGCCAAUCAACAAAUGUAAAGCAUAUUGUUAUUGGGGGCAUUUCUACUCUACAUGUUCUUAUUGUUAUUAAUUUUCUCUCUGCUUUAGGUUAUCGUACUUGUCGGUUCAGCACAUGGUCACACAGUCAGUGCGCCAAACCCAAUUUCAACCAUGCCGCUCUUCUGGCUGCUCCUCAGAAAAGAUGGGCAUCUUCAGCAAAAGAUGACAAUAAGAUAAGCAUUGGACCAUGCCGAGGGAAGGAAGCGGGAGAAGAUGAAAAAGAGACUGGGGUGGUGUAUUAUGGUCCAAUCUCAUCCACUAUCAAGAAAGUGAAAUUGCUUUCUCUUUCAACCUGCUGUCUGUCUGUAUCCUUGGGUCCAGUUUUAGUAUUUGUGACAUCUCAAGAUUCAAGUAUCAUCAUGAAGGGGGCAGUUGCAUCUAUUGUCAUAUUCUUCAGUGCUUCAACCACUGCUGCUCUGAACUGGUUUGUUAGCCCUUACAUUCACAAGCUUAGAUGGCAGCCUGGCUCAGACAGUUUUGAAGUGGAAAUGAUGUCCUGGUUGGCAACCUACUAUCGAAAGACUAUCAAGUUUGCUGAUAUCCGGCCACCAGAAACCAACAGGCCCUUUGUGACAUUUAAGGCCAACGGAAAUUUCUACUUUAUUGAUGAAGAGCACUGUCCUAACAAGGCAUUGUUGGCUAGACUGAACACAGAAAUCAGGUCGUGA